UGGGUCUAGAGCUAGAGGGCCCCGCCGGAUUGGAGGUGGGGGGGGGGGGCGGGGGCUCCUGGGGCCCCUCUGCCAAACAGGAAUAUACAGACCACCUGUGAGCCAGGACAUAGGGGGUUUGGCCUGAGUGAGAGAGUGACUGGGGACCACUGUCCCCAGCCCUAUAGGCAAAGCACAGGAGGUCCCUGCUGUGGGUUGUUCAGGGAAGUCAGCCCCGGCUCCAGCUGACCCUGUUUGUUUUCUUGCUUUCUGGCCCUGCCCACUUCCGCUGGAGCUCUGCCCCACCUACCCCAGAGGCAAGAGGAGGGGACAGAUGGGGGUCAAAGGAUAGGUUGUGGGGGUGGUGGGUGAGGGAUCUAUGAAGCAUCUUGCAAACUGAUACUGCCUUCGCAGAUGCUUGGGGCAGAGACCGAGCCUCUCCCCAGGGACCACACCAAGGGAGUUCUCUUCCAGACAACAGAUUCCUGAAAAGUCAGUUUUAAGACCAGCGCCUAGGGUUUCCUUCCAGUUGUCGGAGCUUGGGAUGUUAGGGAUGGCAUCGGGCCGGGCACGCUGCACCCGAAAGCUGCGGAACUGGGUGGUGGAGCAAGUGGAGAGUGGGCAGUUCCCGGGGGUGUGCUGGGACGAUGCAGCUAAGACCAUGUUCCGGAUUCCUUGGAAGCAUGCAGGCAAGCAGGACUUCCGGGAGGACCAGGAUGCCGCUUUCUUCAAGGCAUGGGCGAUAUUUAAGGGGAAGUACAAGGAGGGAGACACAGAAGGCCCUGCUAUCUGGAAGACUCGUCUGCGCUGUGCUCUCAACAAGAGCCCCGAAUUUGAGGAGGUUCCUGAAAAUGGCCAUAGGGAUGGAGCUGAGCCCUACAAGGUGUAUCGGCUGCUGCCAUCGGGGACCCUCCCUGCCCAGCCAGGGACCCAGAAAUCACCAUCAAAGCGACAUUACAGUUCUGUGUCCUCUGAGAGGGAAGAGGAUGAGGGUACCACAAAGAACUGCAUACUCAGUCCCUCUUUGAUUGAGGACCCCCUCAAAAACGAGGAGGUGGGGGCCAGUGGGGAAGCAGGCCAUUCAGAAUUUGGGAGCAGCAGCAGCAGCAACAGCCCUGAGCCUCAGGAAGGUACAGACACAACAGAAGCCCCUUUCCAAGGAGAUCAGGUGUCAUUGGAGAGUCUGCCUCCUCCAGACUCAGACUACUCGCUGCUGCUUACCUUCAUCUACGGUGGGCGCGUGGUGGGCGAAGCCCAGGUGCAGAGCCUGGACUGCCGCCUUGUGGCUGAGCCCUCAGGCUCCCAGUAUGGGAUGGAGCAGGUGGUGUUUCCCAAGCCUGACCCACGAGAGCCCACCCAGCGCCUGCUGAGCCAGAUCGAGAGAGGUGUCCUAGUGGCCAGCAACUCCAGAGGCCUCUUUGUGCAGCGUCUCUGCCCCAUCCCCAUCUCCUGGAACGCGCCCCAGGCGCCACCCGGUCCAGGCCCGCAUCUGCUGCCCAGCAAUGAGUGCGUGGAGCUCUUCAGAACCACCUACUUCUGCAGAGACCUGGCCAGGUACUUCCAGGGCCUGGGCCCCCCACCCAAGUUCCAGGUGACUCUGAACUUCUGGGAGGAGAGCCCUGGCCCCAGCCACACCCCGAAGAGUCUUAUCACAGUGCAGAUGGAGCAGGCCUUUGCCCGACGUUUACUGGAGGAGACUCCUGAGGAGCAGGCAGCCGCUCUCUCCCUGCUGCAGAGCCUGGGAGACCCGCUUCCUCCUCUUCGCUCUGUUCCUCCUAUCUCCUUUGAAAGAAACUCAUUCUCCACACUGUUGACCUGGCUCCCUUGGUGAUCAUUCUUGGUGGUUGUCUGUGAUGGUUGUGUCCUUGAACUGCUCGUGUGCCUGGCUGGUGGAGAACUGAAGGAUGAUUUUUAUCCUUUUUUUAAGUUUGAGAUAUACCCUCUUUCAUUUCUGAGAAACUGAAUUGGGAAAAGUCCAAAUGGUGUGAACUCAGAGGACCUUUCCUGCUUCCCCCAACCCUAAAGCCAAGCACUUUAUAUUUUCUUCUUAGAUGUUCACUGGGGAUUUAAAAUAAAACUUUAUUGAAAGAGGA